CACCACGUGGACACAGCCGUCGUCGCACGCCUUAUCUUAAGUGGAGGAGCCAUGGAAGAGGGAGGAGAGCGCAGAGGGACUCUGGUAGACGACAUGGUGGCGCUAAUGUCGUCCGGGCAUGCUGCUGACAUCACCAUCAUGGUGGACGGCUUCUGGCUGCCGGCACACAGAGCUGUGCUGACGGCGCGCAGCACUGUGUUCGCCGCCAUUUUCCGAGAGCAGGUGCUGGAAGUUACUGGCGGCAGCAUCACUGCCAUCGACAUGAGCCACGAGGUGCUGGGACAGCUCCUGCAGUUCAUGUACAGCGACGAAGCGCCCCUGCUGGAAUGUGUCGCCGCAGAGCUGCUCGCAGUUGCCGACAAAUACUGCGUGUCCCUGCUGAAGCAGCAGUGCGAGGAGCAGAUGAUUUUCGGACUGACCGUGGAUAAUGCUGCAGACAGCGCCGUCCUCGCCUUUGAACAUAUGUGCCCUAUGCUGAAGGCGGCGGCCGUCAACUUCAUCAGUUCGCACUACAAAGAAGUUAUGGCUACAGAGGGGUGGACGAACGCACUGCGACACCACACUGAAGUCAGUGUGGAGAUAUGUCGUUUGCUGGGGGACGCUAAAACUCUAGAGGCAGAAUGCGAGACUGAAGAACCAGCAGAGGGGGAAGAUGCCAAGGGCAGGCUGGCGGGCGACCUGCUGGCUCUGCUGGCAUCUGGCAUGUGCAGUGACGUCACGCUCAUGGUGGGCGGGAUCGCGGUGGCGGCUCACAGGGCGGUGUUGGCGGCUCGCAGCCCCGUCCUCGCCGACAAGCUCACCGACCUCCCGGGCGGCAUCCUGCACGUAGCCGGGGCGCGCGAACAGGAGGUGCGCCAGGCGCUGCGCUACAUGUACAGCGACCAGCUGCCGCCCCCGGCGAGCAUCACCGUUGAGCUCCUGGCACUCGCCGACGACUACGGGCUGCGUGUGCUGAAGGAAUACUGUGAAAAGCACUUGGCAGACGAAAUCACUGCUGACAACGCAGUGUCCAUGGCCAUCGUCGCCAUGAAACGCUCCUGCACCUCGUUAAAGGACGCCAGUCUCGAUUUUAUCGGGGACAACAUCUUCGAGGUAAUGGACACGGCCGGUUGGGCUACAGCGAUACACAGUGAGCCGGAGGCUGUCGUGGAAAUAAGCAAAAUCGUGUCAGCGGCACAAAGAUUACAGCUGGAAAGUUGUGGAGAAGAUAGUAGUGAAGACUGAGAUAAAAAAGGUACUCUCUACAGCUAAAGUCAGUAACAACCCAGAAGGGGCAGCUUCAACAAACAGAAGUAGUCCAAGGGGAAAGCCAUCAAGCUGAUGGGUCAGGAUGUGCAGAAAGUCAUUGGAGUCACCUGGCAGAGGACAGAUGAAGAACACUCUAGCUGGGAACAACUGAUAAAAAUGUACUUCGACAUGUGAUAUGAAAAGACCCAAUCAUUUUGUAGGACAAAUGACUGCUGAUCAUUAUGAGAAAUCUUCAUUAUCAGUGUGACAUCCAUUUCUGAGUGAAGGACUCUUCCUGAUUUACCUAUGUUUUCCGAUUUUCAGCUGUGUGUUUCCAUUAGACCAUUGUCUGGGUCUUUUGAUAUCUUUUGGAAUAAAUAUAAUUUCCUUGUUUCAUCUGCCAUCCAUCACACAUAAUCGAUUGUUAGUAUUAAAAAUUCAAUUUAUUGAACCAAAAGUACCUUACUGUUCAUUUACUUUCUGCAUAGCUUGUCACUGCCUUCAACUGAGAUAAGAACAAAUACUUAUCAACUGAUUGAAUGAAAUCAUUUUUAAUUUAUACAAAUUUAUGUUUGAGGUUCUAGUUGUAUGAUAUUCUAGUAUAAUAAUGAAAUUUCUGUUCAUCAUUCAAUUCAAUUAAGCUUACCUGUUGAUUGUUGAAACAGACAUGCAUUCGAAGCAAACAGUAUAAUAUACUACACAAGCUGUAGAUUGUUCAAGCAGUCAUCAGUAACUUUUAAUUUCUCUUUUCCAUCCAAAUUAAACAAUGUGAAAUUCCCCCUAGUGCUGUCAAGUUUAGCUUUGGUGAUACGACAUCUCCUUUUCUGUCUCCUCUUUCAGUUUCGAAUUUCCUUUUAUACGGAUGAAAUUCGAGGUGUGACACUAACAUAAUGGGACUGAUACUGUAAUACAUUUUAUUUAAAAAACAUACAUGUGUAGUGAUUGUCACCCUUAACAUUCUCUUCUCCUCUAUCCCUACAAUGCUCCUUGUGAAUGUUCCAUCAAUGUAAACAGUGGUGUAAGUCUUUCGCUAUGAGCUCCAGACUGAAAUAUUGUUCCUUUUAAAGCAGAUUUGACCUUGGGAAAUAGAUAAGUCACAUGGUGCUAGGUCAGACGAAUAAGGUAGCUAAUCUAACACUGAGAUGCUGGCUUUGCUAGAAACCUCUUUCAGCCAGUGUAUUGUCUUGCUGUAGAACCCAUGACUUCUUCUUCCACAGUUUAGUUCAUUCUGUUAUUUCCUGUUGGAGUUGAGCAAGUACUGCAAGGUAGUAAUGUUGAUUAAUAGUGGGGAUAUACAGUUCUAUGAAUAAUGUAAAACAAGGCAAGCAUUAUCACUUUGACUUUUGAUUUACUAACUGGAACUUCUUUCACUUUCAGUGAAGUUGGCCCUUCCACUGUAUGGAGUGGCGCUUAAUUUCUGUAAGUCAAAAACCAACAUUUGUCACAUGUUUUCACCCUUUCCAAGAAAUUAGGACAUAUUCAGUGGUACUCAGGUUGCCAGUACAAACAUUUUCACAAACUUCUUUUUGUUCAUCAUGAGAAUCUUUGCCACUAGUUUUGCUUAACCUUUUCUUACGUUAAAUUGGAUAUGAAAAAUAUGUGUUAGGUAUUCAUCAACAAUUACUACAGUUCCAGAAAUCGAUCGAAUACUCAAGCAAUGGUCAUAUCAACUCAUAUUGCUUACGUUUUGAUAUCUGCAUCCGUUUUUGAUAGUGACAGGUGUCCUGGUUGUGAGACAUCUUCAAAGUCUUAGAAACAAUUGAAUCACUCAAAAACUCAUGUACAUCAGAAACAGUGUUAGCCUCAUACUUCUUUUAGUGAAAGAUACGUUGCAACAGCUGUUUUUCCAAGUUACAUGUGAAACUUCAGAGCAAUUAGUAGCUCUAUUAUUACAAUUGUCAUAUUUCUGGCAAAACAAAAUAACAGCUCUUACACAAACAAAGGCAAUGGCUAUGCACAUUGUCUGCAGACAUUAGAGAUAAUGUAUUCGACUUAGACACUGUCUUGCUUAAUAGCUACUGGCUAUUCAUCUUCAGAACAUGUGAGUCGUAUUAUUUUGUAGCCACACCUCCUACUAUGGAACCUGUAUUCUUCAACAUAUAAACAGAAACUAAAUUGUGUCUGGUUUCUCAAAGGUUAUUAGGACAAUAUUUCUAUAAAAUUGCUAAUUGAAAAUCAUUUUCUCUUUUUGAUUACCUAUAUUUCAAAAUCACCUUUUUUGUGAUAUGUUUAUAAUAUUAUUUUCUAAGAUUUUUAACUUAUUACUUGUUUUCCAUAGUACAUUUUUCUGUUCAAGAAUGAAUUCUUGUAAUCGUUUUUUCUGACUCCAUACGUGACAGAUAUGACUCUUUCAAGGUUUAGAUUUGUUUUUCUCUUCAUUUAUGAAUAUACGAUCCCUGGAAAUUUGUAAUUGGUUUGAGAUAUAUCCUAUACCACUCUUUUAUUGGUUGAUAAAAUAAAAUAAAUUUAAUUUUGUUUUGCAUUUGAACUUGAUAAGGCUAUUUUCUGUUCCUAUCUUUAUUUUUGAAAAUACAAGUAUGUUAAGGAAAUACAUAUGAUAUUUUAAGAAAAUUUAGUAAUUUUAUGUCAUCUGUGAUUUACGUUAAGUAUGACUCAUGUCAUUUCUUAUGUAUAUAGUGUUUUCCAUUCAAAAAUCGAUUUAUUAUUUUGUUAUACUCCUUGUUACCAUUUGUCAUAUGUUUCUUUUGUCAUUUAUCAGUCGUCUUCUACCUCCUCACCGGAAUGUGAGUACAUAGGGCAAGAGACUUCUAUGAUUUUGUAGAAUAUUUUAAUUUCAUUUCUUAAAUUAUUGUUUUCUGUUUCAGAUUCCUUCAAUAUCUGUAACAGAAUCUUUUCAUUUCAUAGUGUUAAUAUUUUCUUAAUAUUAAUGUCAUUUUUGUACUAUCAGAACUAUUGAAGGUGUUUAAGUGUUGAACAAUUUACCAUAAUUAGGAAUUUGUGGUUACAUUAAAUAUCAAAUAUUCUUGAAUUAUUUUUAUGCAACAGCUACACACAGAAUAUUGUUUGAUUACCACACACAAAAAGGCUUCAUUAAGGCAUUGGUUUUGGCCACAACAAAAGACACACUCUUCCAACACUAAUGUCUCAGAAAAUGGUCUGUAACAGAUUGUCUGUACCAAAUGAGCGGUGAAUUAUGUGAUUACACACUUAUAAGUAAUGAGUUUUUGUAUUUUGAUUUAAAAUUGCUAGCCAAAGCCUA